AUGGUGUCUAUAAAGCUGUUGUUCCGAUCAGUAUGCUUGAUAAUAUUCCAACUCGUACAAGUCCAUGCGCUGAUUGCGAACGGCUGCAAUGAAGGAGUCACGGUUUUGUCAAAGAAGCGGCCGUUGCAAGAAUGCCUUCAAUUCAGCUUAGGGGCUCGAUCUUGGCGAUCCUACUACGAUGAUGAUGAUGAACGAGACGAUGAUACUGCUCGUCAACGAUCUGUUGAUCGUCCAACAAAGACGGCCUUCGAUGAGUUCGAUCCAGCGAUAUCACCGCAAAACCCAAAAAUCGUCGUCUUGGGCGCCACGGGACGAGUUGGUCGACAUGUAAUACGACAACUUUUGGAAACUGGAAGCAAAGAUAUGACGAUCGUAGCUUUAGUCAGGGACUACGACAAGGCGAUUCGCUUGUUUUAUGACGAUUGCAUAUUUGCGAGAAAGGGGCCAUCUCUCCAAAUAGUGCAAGGGAAUCUAGUCCCUCGGGAAGAAUUGCCUGGGUUUUCUGAAGAGGAUGCUGACGAGGAAAUCUUCUUUCAGCAAAAGGCUGCGUCUGCUGCAAAGUUCUAUGGCACCAAUGUUUCAGAAUACGACAACCGCGAAUUGUUGCCGAGUUUGAACGAAGCACUAGAGUCUUGCAUCAUCGAUGCUACUUCUAUCAUUAGCUGUGUUGGAUCUGUGCGACCGACAAAUCUUUGGCAUGAUGUCUUGGCGAGACCUCUUUGGCGGCUUUUGCGAUCUGAUGUGAGCAAGUGGUGCAAUGAUCCAAGGCAUCCAUACUACGUACACUAUCUGUCGACUAGAAAGGCACUUGCAUUCGCCGAGCGAGAGCAGCGAAAACGCGAGGCAGCGGCGAUGGCAAUAAUCGAAGGUGACGAAAAAGAAAUGGAUCCCAUAGUUGUACCAAGGAUACGGUUCAUUCGGAUAAGCGAUCUUUGUGUCGGAGCUAGACCAUGGCACUUUGUACCGUUGGUAACAAACAUGGUACAGUCCGUGGUUUUCCGGUAUCAAGAAAUGACAGAACGUAUGCUAGAUCAAAGCACCUUGGUAGAGACAGUCAUUUUGCGCCCUGGUGACUUGGUGGAUGAAGAACGCGAUACCAACACAACAGCGUUACAAGUAUCUGCCAGUGGGGUAUUGCCUAAUCCUGCUCGCGUCGGUCGGGAAGAUGUUGCAGCCUUGGCUGUUGCAGCUGCUAGCUUUACCAGUGAGGGAAACGAAAGUGCACUGGAGGGGCCUCUUCAUUACACUCUCGGUGUACGUUGGGUUGGAGAAGACAUGUCACCUUAUCCACCCCAGGGACGAAAGCACGACGGCCUACCCGACGCCAGAUUGGCUCUCCAGCGAACCAUAGAAACUAUAUCCAAGGCCCAAGAACGGACUAGACGGCGAAAGCAAGUCGCAGCUCAAAACCGCUCACCACCACGUCAACGAGCCAACAAUAUCAUUGAACGCAUUCGGAACCAUCAAACCAGGAGAUUGGGUCGGAUACAACCGCAUGGAAUCUGCGCGGCGGUCCCAAUGUACCUCUUUGUAAUGCUGGCUGCAAAGACAAUGGUUUAUCCAUUGGUACAAUUUCUUCCUGGUGGAAGGACGAUUUUGCUACCAGGAUUACGACGUCUGAAUCAAAUGGUACUCUCCACUAUUUCGGCCUUUCUGCUUGCUAUAUUCAGGAACUUGUUGCCUCUUGCCCAAAGAAGACGGUACAUCGCUUUUUGA